AUGCGGGCGUCCCGGGCACAGCCCCGACGUGCUGGAAGCCCCCGGAUCCGGAAGUCCGGGGGCGCUGGCUCCCGCUCCGCCUUCCCGCCUCACGAGGAUCGCACACCGUCCUCACCGGGCACCACCCCACCCCCCAGCCCCCAGGGAAAGGACGCUGUCCUGCACAGAGGCGCGGGGGCUGGGGGGCAGCCCGGCCCGCGGGAGCGGCGCGCGCGCGUGAAGCGAGCCGGCAGCUCGGGGUCCCGUCUCUCCGCUGUGACCUGGACUCAGGCUAAUGGAUUUCAGCUUGAGGCUUUCCGUGGGACCCAGGACCUGGACGCAGAGACCUCCCGCUGCACCCGCACAUCCCACACCCCCACAUCUUCACACCGGCACAUCCCCACACCCGCACAUCCCCACACCCGCACAUCCGCACACCCGCACAUCCCCACACCUGCACAUCUGCACACCCGCACAUCCCCACACCCGCACAUCCCCACACCCGCACAUCCCACACCCGCACAUCCCACACCCCCACAUCCGCACACCCGCACAUCCCCACACCCGCACAUCCCCACACCCGCACAUCCCACACCCGCACAUCCCACACCCCCACAUCCUCACACCUGCACAUCCCCACACCCGCACAUCCCCACACCCGCACAUCCGCACACCCGCACAUCCCACACCCGCACAUCCUACACCCCCACAGCCGCACACCCGCACAUCCCCACACCCGCACAUCCCCACACCUGCAUAUCCCCACACCCGCACAUCUCACACCCGCACAUCCCACACCCGCACAUCCCACACCCCCACAUCUGCACACCCGCACAUCCCCACACCUGCAUAUCCCCACACCCGCACAUCUCACACCCGCACAUCCCACACCCCCACAUCCGCACACCCCCACAUCCGCACACCCGCACAUCCCACACCCGCACAUCCCCACACCCGCACACCUGCACAUCCCACACCCGCACAUCCCACACCCGCACACCUGCACACCCACACAUCCCCACACCCGCACAUCCCACACCCGCACAUCCCCACACCCGCACAUCCCCACACCCCACACCCGCACAUCCCCACACCCGCACACCCCACACCCGCACACCUGCACAUCCCCACACCCGCACAUCCCCACACCCGCACAUCCCACACCCGCACACCUGCACACCCACACAUCCCCACACCCGCACAUCCCACACCUGCACAUCCCCACACCCCACACCCGCACAUCCCCACACCCACACAUCACACACCCGCACAUCCCCACACCCGCACAUCACACACCCGCACAUCCCCACACCCGCACACCCCACACCCGCACACCCCACACCCGCACAUCACACACCCGCACAUCCCCACACCCGCACACCCCACACCCGCACACCCCACACCCGCACAUCCCCACACCCGCACACCCCACACCCGCACACCCCACACCCGCACAUCCCCACACCCACACAUCACACACCCGCACAUCCCCACACCCGCACACCCCACACCCGCACACCCCACACCCGCACAUCCCCACACCCGCACAUCCCACACCCGCACAUCCCCACACCCGCACAUCCCCACACCCGCACAUCCCACACCCGCACACCUGCACACCCACACAUCCCCACACCCGCACAUCCCACACCUGCACAUCCCCACACCCACACAUCCCCACACCCCACACCCGCACAUCCCCACACCCGCACACCCCACACCCGCACAUCCCCACACCCGCACAUCACACACCCGCACAUCGCACACCCGCACAUCCCCACACCCGCACAUCCCACACCCCCACAUCCGCACACCUGCACAUCCCUGCCUUCUGGGCUGGAGCUGGGCCCUGUGGAGGGCGGGUGGUCUGGGAGGGACAUCCAGGGGGGAGGGUACAGGUGA